AUUAAACGAGAACGCGAGCGUGGGGCUGUUGUCACUUUUUUUUGAGAAACUUGCGAGCGUCGCCGGGAGGGGAACCGAACCGAGCCCGCUGGAGGAACAAGUCUCCCCCCCCCACCCCACAGCCGGGAGAACCGGGACCGAGCCCGGGCGGUCCUGAACACGGCCCUCUGGCAGCGAGGAGGGCGGCGGGUCCCGCACCUGACGGCGAGCAGCGGAUGGAGGAGAGUGUAAACUGAGCCGCGGCCGGGAGUCGCUCUCCCGCAAGGUCCCGCCCGUCACGGAAGAAACUACUUUCCCGGUGGAUCUUGCACUGCCGGCAAGCCCGGGAGCUCAUCGUCGCUGGAGCUGAAGUUGGCGAAAGUUGAACUUUAUUUUUGUUUUGUGUUCUGUACUGUACCACCCCCCACCACCCUCUCCUCUACACCUCUCUCUCCCGGCGGAGGGGGGUGCUCCGGAGACUUCACGCUUUUGUUUUCGAGUGGCCGAAAGUACACGCUUUCUUUCGCUUUUUUUUUCCCCCUUUUGUUUUGGUUUUUUAAGGUACCCGUGGUGGGGGGGGCGGCCGGUCGCCAUGUCCUGCAGGAGCGGGGUGGGGGUGGUCCGGGGGGGCGCUGUGGGGCUGCAGCCCCUCAGAGCCACCGUGCCCUUCCAGCUCCACAGCAAGUCGCAGCCCCGAGGAGCCCAGUCAGCUGAGAAGACUAAAUCCCGUCCUCCGAAACCCAGCAUCAGACGCACCCUGUCCCUGGACACCAUCAUAGGACCAUAUCUGCAGGGGCACUGGCCAAAGGACCAGGAUGGCGUUGGGAUGUACUGCAUGAAUGACAAGGCCACUCAGGUGUCGGCACUCCUGAGCCCUCAGACCCCCCUGUCCAGAUUGACCCCACGACUGCGUCACAGCGUGGAGGGCUUGAACCUGGAGCUGGAGGGGGUGUUUGUCCGCGAACCCUCAGAGGAACACCCCAGGGUUCUGGACGUCCCAGAUGGCCACAGAGCUCCCGUUCCCCCGCAGCGGUGCAGCAGCAGCUCCCAGAGCGACCCCUCCCCGGCGCCCCUGGACCCCGCUCUGCUCUCGCUGCCCCCCUCCCCCUCCAGCCCGCUGGGAGACGCGGGCCCUGACCUCGGUCCCGACCCAGAUCUGCCUUGCGGGACGCCGCUUUCCUCCUGCCCCUCGCCUGUACUGCAGCUCUCCUCCUCCCCGCUGCCCAACAAGAGCUACAGCUUCCAGAGGGAGCCCCCGGAGGGCUGUGAGCGCGUCCGUGCCUGCGAGGAGGCCCUCUCUCCGUGCUUGGGCCAGGCCUUCCUGCUCUCCUGUCCCGACCGCAACAAAGUCAACUUCACCCCUACGGGUUCGGCCUUCUGCCCCGUCAGCCUGCUCAAGCCCCUCCUCCCUUCCAUGGACUUCCUGUUCCGCAGCCUCUCCGUUUCCCCGGUGACGGCGGCCUGCUCCAGCGGUGGGGGACCGGUGCCCUGCCAGCCCGGGCCAUCAGUCGGGUACCCAGGGCAGCUGCAGGAUUCUGCCACGGCUAUGUGAACGUCACCCUGGAAACGUGAAGGGGUGGGAGGGCAGAAAAAACCCCUCCUGCUGCUGAGGGUGAAACAUCACGCACACGUUUCAUUUUCUGAGUAUUGCAGAAUCCUUUGGCUUAUGACCUUGAAAACAUCCCUUGCUUUUGGCAAUGCAGAGGCCCGUGGCUGCGGAUGGAGAACACAGCAGGAAGACUCUGCUUUCAGGAAAGCUUGGCCGUAUGUGUAGCAUUGCAACAGUACUCCACUCUGUGUGCCAGACAGCUCUGCUGUUGCCAGUAUGGGGCUGGCAUAAGGAGGAUUCACUGUUAAUCACUGAGGAACUCUUUGCUAGUCGGAGACUGGAAAGCAGAAUUUCUUUGAUUUCAGAAGAGAGAAAGGGGGUGUCUUGUAGGGAAGCUCUGCAAGCAUUAUGCUACAGCUUCCAGUCCUGAUUCUGCAAGUGUUGUGUUCUCGAAUCUCCCCUUGCACUGAAGGGCCUUGUAAAGGACAGGGAACAGGUGGCUGCCUCUUAAAUCAGUAUUUCCACUGACCAGAAAUUCGUUUUCAGUUCGUGUUCAAGGGACAGCUGUUAAAUUCCUCCAGCUUCUUCUAACUUCUGAUUUUUAUAGUUUUAUCCUAAUGUUUCUUUGAUCUCCAUUAGGAGUUAAGUUCUCUGUUGAAAAAGCACUUGUGUUUGUGUUAUAACCAGGAAACUUGUUAAAUGAGUCUUGAAUUGUGCUGCAUAGUCAUGAAGACUGGCCAAGUUAUACUUUUUUCAGGGAUGUUUGCUUGCACAAUAUUUUAAUUAUUGGUGGCUCUUAAUUAACCAUUGGCAAUAGUGAAUCCAACAUCAAGCUUCUUUUUUUUAACUAUCGAAAAUACUGUGCUCUUAUUAAUAACAUUUUAAGGUUUGAUUUGCUAAUGAAAAAAGUAAGUCUUGACCACUUUUAAAAAUGGCCAUUGUACUGGUAUGACUAGUAGAUCCCUUAUUAGUGCAAUGAAGACAGCUAACAUCUUAAAUUGAUAUAAGAUGGCUUCUCGCAGAUAAGCAGAGAGGUCGGGGGAAAAUAGCAGAAAUUGAAAACUGUCCAUGUCGCGAUCAUUCUCACCUUCUUAUCUUCGAGUGACAGACACAGCAUUGCCCAAGAGUGAGAGGCUCUCCACAAAGCUGUAGGCCCCACCAUUUCCUGUAGAGUUGCUCCUGUAGCUCCACAAGGUAUUUCAGUCACUUCACCCUUUUCAAAAUUUUUGAAAGUGUAAAAGCCAAAACAUUAUCUCCUUUGCCACUAGAAAGAGCACACCUCAAAGUUGUUGUUUUUUUUCUCUGCAAGGUCUUGCUGAGCACUCCUCUCGGUGCGACUGCUGGGAGCCGUUCAAAUAGUACACCAAACUGUAUUGGCUCAGAAACUACUAGGGAAUCGCUGCCGUGCUCCCCCUGCUGUGCAUUUGCUUAGCAGCAUGUACAGUCAGCCUGCCAUCGAUGGGGCUUGCAUUCUUCCUAGAUUUUUGACUGACUGACACUUGAAUUUAUUGUUUCCAGGUAAUGACUGGCUUCUGAUUUUAAGCGCCUGGAUGUCCAGGCCAUCAGCCCUUGAUAGUUUGGUUCUUAUUCCUGCACAUUUCAGUAAUUGGAGAUAAUGUCAGAAUUUCUGGGAUUUGUGUGGGGUGUUCAGAGGAAAUAGAAAAACAAAUGAUGCAUGAGACCUGCAAGCCUUUUUGUUUAGUACACCCGAAUGAGGCACACGUUGGAAAUAAAGCUUUAUUUGAAAUGUAUUUCCUUUUUCUCUUCUGCAAGUUAUGUGAUAAGCCCAGGGAGGAAGACUAUCCUGAAACAUUUUUGGUAAGCAAAGUACAAAAUCAGUUCUUCUGUUCCCCAGGUGGUCAGCCAGGGAAGUGAUUCAGUAAUCCAAAUACUUCUUAAAAUUGUAGGUAUCUAGAGAGCAGUGUUUUGAGGAAACUGUAUCCUAAAGGUGACAAAUAUAAACAACCCCAACAAUUUAAAAGUUACUUAUGAGGUACAGUAGAUGGUUAAUAUCUAGUGGUGCACUAUCAUGCUUCAUUUCCACACCUUGAUCAUUACAGAGAGGCUCAAUAUGCAAAUGGAAAAACAGGCCUGCAAGAGAAUUCCUUGACUGGAACUGUUCAAAAUAGUACAAAACAUACCGUGGAAUAAUACAGAACUGUCUGACUAGACUGCAGGGAAACGAUCAUGGGGAGACGGAUUAUUGAGUGAGCAGAACUAUAGAGAGGUAAAGAGAAAUGUGACGUGCAACACUGAAUUUGCUGUUGCUUUGUUUAUGGGUUCAAGUACACCAGAAUGAGAAUAAGGCAUGCUCAUUUUCUUUUUAUUCAGCCAAGUGAUGGAGCUAAGCCCAUUGAAAUCUUAUUUCAUAUAUAGCUAUUUGUGCUUUGUCACAGAUUUAAGUUGAUCAGCUUUUCAUUUAUUUUCGUAGUUCUCCAAGCCUGACCUGUGGUUUAAGUUCUGUCUGUACAUGAACCACAGAUGUUAUGUUGGUGUUUGUAAAGGUAACUUUCUGUAAUGUUAAUCUACAGAACUUUUUGAAAUUAUUUAAAACUCCUUUAGGGAACUGAAUACUGUUUGCACAAAAGUACAUACAAAUCUUUUUUUUUUUCUUUGAUCUAUUUGAUCCACUUUUUAUAGUGGAGAUUGACAGGUGAAUGUAUUGUAUGAAUUUCUGUUUAGAUAUUUGCUACAUAAGCUAAACGACAAUAGUUAAUUUUGUUUUUGAUUGUUAUACAGAGGGCCUGAAAAGCAUGAGAUUUAGUCAAUGCAAAACUUUGAUUUAAUAAAAUUUAGCUAGACUUUACAUGCUGGUUAGACUGAGAAUGGUUUUCAGUUAUUUAAAUGCAAGUUUCUGUCCUAAGGAAUUCAGUGUGACCAAAUUUGUGGAUCACUUUGAGGAAAUGGAGCAAAUGAGAGAAGCUAUUUCAAAAAUAGCCAUUUAAAAAACAGCAUUCUUUAUGGCCCUAAUCAGUACGUAAAUAAGACGGUGUUAUUGUUCAAGAUUUGUUAUUAUUCUAAACAGGCUGUUUUGCUCUGUGUGCAUUUUUAUACAGAUUUAUUUUGUCAAAAAUAUUAAACAAAUAGCCUGCAAUGCUUAUUUGUUUUCAAUAUCAAAAUGAAUAGCAAUGAAAAUUUCAGUACUGCAGUCAAUCCUUUAUUCUAAAUGUUGCCUUCAGAAGUAUUGGUCCUUAGAGGUUGUACCAUAAAGGCUGUUUCUUACAAAAUAUUGUUACACAAUUAAAAUGAAUAAAAAAGAUGACA